AUGGAGUCUUUGAGAGCGGUUGGACUUGACCAUAUUUUCCCUUCAACGAUGAUCUACGGCUGUGAUGAGCUUCGUUUGAAAAGGUGUGCAACCAAGGCUCAAUGUGCCCUCCAAAUUGCCGACAGCAUGGGACUGAAGGCUAGUGACGUGCUGCUUGUGGACGACGAUCAUGAGCAACUGGACAGUGAUGAAUCGUUUCAAGAGGAGAGUUCUUCGUCCUGCUGUGGAACAUACUGGGUGCGAUCAGGUCAGGGACUGUCUGACAGGGACAUGGCUGCUAUCGGUGGAAUGGUUGCUAGCAAACUUCGAGAGAAGGACCCUGUCUCUGACACUUGCCAACCUGUUCACGAUCUUAAUCGUGAGAGACCUUUGGGCUUAGUCGAUGUUUGA